UCAAAUUUGAUCUUUAAAUAUGUCACAUUUCAAUUGAGUCAUUUCAAAUGCACUAAAAUUUACAUUUUUGUUAAUAUCUGUGUGAUUAAUAUUUGUGUGAUAGUAAAAUUAAUCGUGAACAUUUUUUGUAAUUUUGUAAAAUGGCGUCUAAAAAAUCGGGGGGCUGUCCCAAUCGUUUAACUCCGCCAGAAUACUGCCCGGCAAGAGCAAAGAAAGAACGAGGUAGAUCUAAAUCUCGAAAAAGGGGAAGCAGUAGAGGAGGAAGAUCUAAAUCUAGGAAAAGAGGAGGCAGUAGAAGAGGAAGGUCUAGCAGAUCAGGAAGGAAAAGCAGCAGAAGAAGUAGCAGAAGAAGUAGCAGAAGGAGUAGCAGAAGAAUUAGUAAGGGUAGAAGAAGUAGUAGUAGAAGGAGUAAAACUGUAAGAGGUUGUCCGUGUCCAAAAUCACAACAAAGAAGUAAGAGAAAACAGUCAGCACGCAAGAGAUCGGCAAGUAGAAGAGGUAAAGGUGAGGGAAAAGAAGGUGGUGGAGGAAAAUGCCACAAGCCGGGACCUAUUACAGUUAACCCCUUUUUAAAUUUCUUACGGGAAUUUAGGAAGAGACACUGUGGAUGGCACAUUACAAAAAUUGCAAUUGAAGGCGCUAAACAUUGGUGUAAUAUGUCUAAAGACGAAAAACGACGCUAUUAUACAGAAGCAUGUCAGAUGAUGAGCAAAGGAGGAGGUAAACGUAAAAAGGGUGGAAAGGGAGGCAAGAGCAAAAGAAGAAGAAGCAGACGAAGAGGAUGAAAAAAGAAAAAUAAUAAAAUAAAUGUACAGUGUAUAUGGUGAAAUUCUUGUCACGCUAAAGCGCAUCUGUUAAAAAAUUAGUAAAUGUAUUUGAUGAUUAUAUUGUGGAAUAAAAAUUUAACGAUGUA